AUGCACGUCGCUCCAACCGCGCCUGACGCGCCAACCCCGCUGCUCGAGUUCCCUGCCCAACGGGUGGCUGCUGACAACUACCCUGGGGACGAAUCUUCCCGCGAGCCCACCUGCGAUACGACUGUGGCCUCGGAUCCCAUGCUUGACCAACCCGCGACCGAGCCAGUCCCGGUGACCGAGCCCGAUGCGACUCCCGAUCCUUCGGCUUGCCCUCCAAAUCCUCCUGGCCCCACACAUGUCGACACUGCUGCUUCGCCGAGCCCCACUGACCGCCCGCGCGCGCUAGACGUCCUAUUGGCUGGUGGUGGCCCACCAUCAGGUGAGACGCCCAUGCAUGACCGUUCGUCUGCCGUGGAUGUUUUCAUGUGCGCGUCGGCCUAUUCGCCACCACCUAGUGCUGCUCCCUCCCCGGCCGCGCUUGUAGAUAUGGAUGGCAACACUCACUCCCUGGCUGCGUUCGUGGACGUGCUCUCCGUCCGUUCCCAGCCUCUUCUUGCUGCACAGCCGCAGCGCUGUCGUCGUGAGCUGCCUGCCGACUUCACACCUCGCUAG